AUGGCCCUGGGCUUCUCCACCGUCGUCUUGUUCUGUUUCACCUUGACUUCGUUCCCCCUCUUUCUUCUUAAAUUCUACAACCCCAAAUCUAUCCCCAAGACAUCACUCAUUAUGGCCCCUCCAAUUACUACAGGCAACGCACAGCUGGUGAAUAUCAAUUUAGUCGCGGAGAGAGAUGCCGAAACAAGACCAGACAUUACCGAAAAGACUACAUUGAUGGAGGUAUACACAGCGACAGAAGAAGCCAUUGGGGCGGGCGUUGGCGGUACCCGGAAAGCUCAUCUACCACUUGGACAGUCCUCCCCUCCUUGGUUAUCGAGGAUUGGCACAUCUGUACUGCUUCUGGUAGUUCCUCUUACAUACAUUGUUCUUCUUGGAAUUGUAGCGUCACUACAUAACAAGAAGAAAAGCUCCUUUGGCGAGAAUACGCUUGAGGCCUUACAACUGGCUGCAACUCUUUGGCCUAUCUCAUUCGCAGCGGUUAUCGGGCCAUUUCUCAAGACUCUUGCUUUGUUUAGCGCUGAACGAGGAUCAACUCUUGGAUCAUUGGAGUUCCUCUUGACUGGCCAAACGACAGUAGCAACGUUCAAAAAUCUCUUCACCCUGAGGCUUAUUCGCAUAUGGACACUCGGCGUCGCAGCAUUAUGGUGCUUAAGCCCUGUGGGCGGACAGGCAGUUGUUCGAUCGCUCGGCUCGCGUGCAAACUCGCAGACUACCAACAUCCCUGCCAUGCAUUACUUCUCACAAACACCGCUGCUGGCCACCACCUAUUAUUCAUCAACCAACCUUCAAGGGGAUUUGAACGCGCUUUAUGGUGGUACCGGGACAAUGUCGUUGGUAGGCGCAUUUCGAAGGACGGUUCUCGCUGCAUUCUCUGCAUCUGACAUACUGCUCUCACAUGCCAACAGCUCAAGCCCCCAGUUCGAAAAUGUUGUCAAAAAGCUGGGAGGGACCCCUCAGGCAGUUCGCCUGGGCCAACAGGAUCAAUGGCGGAAUGUCCGCAUUCCAUUUAUGGAGUAUCUCCCAGACUACAACGAUGAAAAUCCAACGGCAUGGACACUGGUACCGUCAAAUGAUAUUGUACCAUACUCUUCCUUCAUGGGUGUUCCCAUUCGCGGGGGAUCUUUUCCUCGGGAAGGCAAUUCCAGUAUGGUGUUGCAGUCGCGUUAUCAUAUCCUCAAGUGCGGCGAAGAGUUUGAUGGUCGCUCUUGGCUACCGCCUAAAGACUCUGAAAAAAGAUCAAAGGUCCUGUGGCAUAGGAUGAAUACAACAUCUUACCGGUCGCUGUCUGAUCAGCAAUCCCCGAUGAAUAGCUAUAGUAACCUUGGGAGCCACCCAAACAUGUGGUUGGACCUUGUUAAUGACAACCUCACCUCGUAUCAUAUAUACCCUGUUCGAAACCCCCUCAAGCCCGCAUCAUACCUACAGAUGGUUGUCGGUGGCACCUGUCCGGAGGGUGCGGGACAGGAAACCCCCAUCCUUCGCGUGUGCAGCGUUGGUACCUCAAAUGUUGACGCUACUGUAAACUGCACGAGAUCGGGCGACUUUGGAGAUUUGGAAUGUCAAACGACGCAGAUCCGCAGGACGAAAGACCCAAAAUUCUCUUCAAAUUUAACGGACCUCUCAGUCGCGUCGCUGGCGCAAGCAAUUCUGUUCGAAAUUCCAUUUACAAUGGCAUCAUAUACUAUGCUGAGACCAAGCGAUCUCGAGAGGUUUAUCUAUGAUCCUCUGACAAUGUACAGCGACAUAGAUGAUCCCGUAUGGCCGUAUUUCGCGGGCUGUUUCACAAACAUAUCCCGAACUCGCUUCGAGGGUAGGCUUUCAACAGCAUUAAACACGUUCUUGAUGGCAACAUACAAUAGCACCGUUCUUACGGGCGCUGAUGGAACUACCCUUUCUGGACGUAACGACAUGUGGCACAACACCACUGCAACCUGGACCGAAUUCACCGAGAAGCAGUAUACUAUGAAUGUUGCGUGGUUCUGCGUUUCUGUGAUAUCAACACUUAUACUUCUGGCUUGUACUAUAGCCAAUAUUGUCAUUCGCCAUAUAAUUGUGGCUCCUGACUUCCUUGAAAGCAUUGAUGGGCUGACGCGAGACUCUCCUUACAUAAGGAUUACUGACGAGUCUCUCUACGCGGGAAGUGGCGUCAGUGCAGGAGAUCGACUUCUAAUAACAAAGAAAAUAAGGGUUCAAAUACAGGAUGUUCAGCCUGAGAUGGACGUUGGAAAAAUUGCUCUUACUACGGAGGUAAGGGAUGCAAAGCUUGAUCGGAAGCGGGCCUACUGUUAGAUAUAAGUUGUUUUCUGCAGAAGUUCUCAAGAGUCGAAAGUCCAAGUUAUCGAUCCGCCUCCACUCAGUGUGCAAACUGAGCAAAUAGUGCAUCUGUUGCUAGUGAAUCAUAAAGUCUUCUUCCAGUAGCUCAUUC